AUUAAUAAGUGUUUCGAAUACUUUUUUUAUUCAUAUAUACUGUGAACGAACAUAUUUUUGCGUGGGUGAUAUAUGCGAUGCGCAAUGCAUACUUUCAAGGUUAAAUGCAUUUCGAAGUAACAGUAAGGUAUUAUGAGAUAAGCUGUAGCACAGAGAGUUUUCUUGAAUUUCAAAAGUUAUCGCGCUACUGCGAUCACAUCGACCUGUUCGCCAAUGAACAAGAAUACUACUGCGUAAAUAAACAGCAAUACCUAUACUCCUCGUCGAUUUGACAUGUGACCGGUUUAAAGUUUCACAGUGACUGUUGCGCAUAAUAAUAAUAAUUCGUUUUCUGCCACUCUAUCCGACAGUUUCGAGGCUACGCGCUUUAGGUUAUGUUGUGUUUAUAUUACCGUUCGUACAGACAGAUUCUUAGUUUUCAUACGCUGUGGACAGCCAUCCCAAAGUAAAUUUCGGUGUGGUAAGGCAGGGUAAUGAACGUGGAGCUAUCCACAUACGAUGGUUCAGAGAAAGAGUCAACCUCUAACAAUGGAUUGGAUAAUGGAGGGGGUGCUACAAAGAAAUUGGCUAGGGGUAUAUCUCGAGCAACAGAGAAUGCAGCUAUUGUCUCUCAUGCUCGUUCCCAACUAGCCACUUUAGGUCCUUUGGACACCCCGGAAUUCACAUUCUCGCUUCCUGAUUUAAGCGUAUAUCCAGAUUCAUUUCGUCAAUUUCUGGAAAAAGAUCUGAUUGAAAGAGGAUGUUUAACUUCUUUGGAAGCUGCUGGUCGUUUAAACUGGUGGUGUGGAGGUAAAAAUGGAAGCAAUAGAGUACUGUGGCCUUUGGCAACAUCCGGAGAUGGCAAUUGUCUCUUACAUGCUGCUUCUCUUGGCAUGUGGGGCUUUCAUGAUAGACUUCUCACAUUAAGGGAAGCAUUGCAUGAUACUCUGGCUAAAGGAGAGUAUAGACAUGCUUUGUUUAGAAGGUGGAAAUGGCGACAAAUGGGCUUAAAUGCAGCUGCAGGGUUGUCUUAUACAGAAGCAGAAUGGUUAACAGAAUGGCAAACAAUUGUUGAUAUGGCUUCUCCUAUUUUUAGAAAUCAAACUGCUACAUCUUAUCAGAGUCUUGAAGAAGUACACGUAUUAGCAUUGGCUCAUGCUUUAAAAAGAUCUAUAAUAGUUAUAGCAGAAACUAUGUUAAAAGAUGCAGAAGGUGUAGCUUUAGCACCCAUCCCAUUUGGUGGAGUGUACUUACCAUUGGAAGUACCUUCAUCUCGAUGUCAUAGAACUCCAUUGCUUUUGGCAUAUCAUUCAGCUCACUUUUCCCCUCUUGUUACCGUGGAUGGGGCAAAUGAUUUCAGGGAGGGUUGUAACGAAGGUGUUAGUAUACCUCUUGUUGAUCCAGAUACAGGCCAGUUAUUGCCUGUUUUAUUUGCGGUCGAUCCUGGUCCAGACUGGGAUUGGGAAGAAGGUUCACGGGACUUGUUAACUUGCCAGCAAGAUACGUUGGAAAUUUUAUUGCGCGUAUAUUUGGAUUGUGAAUAUCAAAAUUUUAUAUCGGAAGAAAUCGAUAGAUUAUCCGAUACGGACGGUUCACUUUCUAAAACAGCAAAACAGUUACUGGGUGUUGCAAAACAAUUUGGAUCGAUUGGAAGAUCCGUUAGUAAAAGACUAUGGUCUAUGGCAAAAAGACCAAAAAGCCCACCGACGACGACAGGAGGACUUUCUACCGAAGGUUUAUUGUGCGUAAGAAUCAGAAGUAGACGUCACCAAUAUGUAGAUCAGAUGCUUCAAAAUUAUCUGGAAUGUGCUCAUGCAAGAUACCUGCAAGAUCAUAAAGUUGAUGAAACACGUAGCGAAAUGAAUUAUGGUGCUGGCAAAUCUAAAUUUUAUGCUGCCAGCGAUCAAGACAGCCAUGCGAGUGUUAGCAAGUUAUUACCCACAAAUCCAAAUAAAGAUCGCACACUUUAUCUUUCUAGAUCCACCUUUUACAAUGACCAAACAUCAUCCGAUAGACCGGGACCAGCGUUAUGGAAUAAUAGCAACAGCUUAGGUGCCGUAGUUAAAGAAUGUCGUAGCGAACAAUGUCAAUUUUUUGGAUCAGCAGAGAAUGAUUAUUACUGCUCACAGUGUUGGGCAAAUCGACGUUAUCGCUGAGAAAUUAAUCUCGGUAGCAUAUGACAAUAAUAACUCCUCGAUAUUGUUCAAAUUAAAUCAAGUAUAAUCGAAUUUAGAAGUAUCACUAGGCACAGUUUAAAAUAUCGCUUGAAAGAAAUAAUGAAUUUGCUAAUUUUCUUCCUGCUAUAUUAAUUUAUUACGAAUCACUGCAUUUCAUCAUUUUUCUUUUAACUAUUUAUUGGUAUUCAUAUCUUUCAAAAGCAUAUCAAAUGUACAGGGUUCGACUCUCUCUUUAGCAUAUUAUACAUUAAAAUGCCUUUUGCGUGUAGCUUAUAAAUUAGAAUCGUCUUAAAGAAGAAAUUUAUAUUUUCAAUUAAUAAUAAAUUUCUAUUUUCACGAGAUACAAUCAAUCCAUAACUUUUUUGCACGUGCCUUCUGUCGCACACGAUAAAAAAAGUGAAAUAUAAAUAUGAUGAUAAUACUCGGUUUUCAGUGCUGCGGUGGAAAACCCAUUUAUUCUUGCAACUACCUCUACCGCUUUUAAUACAAUGCUUUGUACGAAUGAAUCGCGCUUUGCUCGCUUACAUCUUAAGUGAGAUUUCUUACAAAAGCGUGAAUUUGAUAUGGUAAAGUGAUAUCAAAUCGUUCAUUAUAUUUAACCUUGCCUGUUGGCAACUGUUCAUGUAAAGUUGUGUGAGGAAUAAAACAUAUUUUUAUA